AGGCAAUUUUGCUUUUGUUUAGAAGUGUAUUCAUAUAAAAUAACUAAGAAUUUUAUUAACUAAAUAUGAGGUACCAAUAAUGAAUAAACGAUGAAGUGGUACAAAGAGUGUUAAAGUAUACAUCAUUACUACACACUGUAAUAUAUAAAAUGUUUAUACUGUGUUGGGUCCUGUCAUUUUGCCAUACGAGAUGUGCUAUAGUCGCCGUAGUACCACCGGCUCACACUCUAGUUUUGGCCUCGGUUGUGGUAUAACGUUUUAGCUGUGUAAAAUAGAACGAUACCAAACAAUGUUAUCGAGCUCGUAUCUAUGUUCGAUAAUCGAAAGACGAUAAUAUUCUUAUAAGCUCGACAUUAUUUUUUAAUUGAUAAGCUGUGCGCUCUUCAAUGUAGCGAAAAUAAUUUCAAACAAGUCAGUGCGUGAGGAUAUUUUUGUAAAAAUGAGACAUGCAUUCGAACGAAAUGCAAAAAAGUGUAUCAGUGCAAGUAGAUAGUGAUUUUGCUCUUUUUCUGCCCAGCGGUGCAUACGAAAUUAAAAAAAUGGAGCCAAGAUCAAAACUGAGAAAAGUAAUAUUCUUUUGUUUACUACUUUCACUGUUUGGAAUGGUGGCUUUUGGAUAUUUCUGCCCCGAUCAAGUGUGUGCGUUGUCUCCCAGAGAGCGGAUGUCCGAAUCUUAUGCUCUGACGUUCGCGGAGGCUCUCGGACGUCCCCUCCCCGACGUGAUUGCUCAGCCGGGACUCUCCUACGAUGAGGUUCUCCAUGAUGACUUCAGAUUCGAUCUGGACGCUCAUGACGUCAUGGUCUUCCUGCACAUACAGAAGACAGGCGGCACAUCGUUUGGAAAACAUCUAGUUAUGGAUCUGGAUUUGAAGAGACCGUGCAACUGUCAGCGGGCGCGAAAGCGGUGCCAUUGUUUUCGACCGCACAGCAACGAAAUAUGGCUGUUUUCGAGAUACUCAACAGGCUGGAAAUGCGGUCUCCACGCGGACUUCACGGAGCUGACGGCUUGUGUAGGUGGAGAGCUGGACCGACACGAGGGCUCCGCGGUGCAUAGAAGAUACUUCUAUAUUACACUGCUACGGGAACCUGUGGCCAGGUACUUGUCGGAGUAUCGGCACGUGAAGCGCGGCGCCACGUGGAAAGGCUCCCGACACUGGUGUCAAGGUCGGACGGCUACAGCAUCCGAGGUGCCUCCCUGUUACACUGGGGAGUCAUGGCGUGGAGUGACCUUAGAAGAAUUUGCGGCCUGCCCCUGGAACUUGGCCAACAAUCGUCAGACGCGUAUGCUGGCAGACCUCGCGCUGGUGGGCUGCUACAACGGUACACUGCGACAUCGCAGCGCAGAUUCUGACCGAGUGCUACUCGCAUCAGCUAAGAGGAACCUCGCCGCGAUGUCGUACUUCGGUCUCACGGAAUUCCAGAAGAUAUCUCAAUACGUGUUCGAGGAGACGUUCAAUCUGCGUUUCGCGGUGCCAUUCGCGCAGCACAACGCGACCGUGUCAGCGGCCACGCUGGCGGCGCUCUCCCCCGCGCAGGUUGCCCGUGUCCGACGCCUCAACGCACUAGACCUCGAGCUCUACGACUUCGCCAAGAACUUGAUGCUUAAAAGGUUUGAAGCAUUAAAAAAGCGAGAUUCAGAUUUCGACUACCGAUGGAAGCAUCUCGGUGAGGUGUCCCCUCGCAGCGGGGUUACCGAGUUCGAUUGGGACAGUAACCUAGAAGAUGCCACCACGGAGAAGUAUCGAGGCAAGUAACUACACUGCCUCUUAUCCACGUUGGAGAAAAUGUAGAUAUAUGACGUCACUAAAUUGUAAUUACGCAUCUCAGUGAGUGAUGUAGGGAUGAUGUUUCUUUAAAAAUACAUAUUGGCUGCUAGUCACCUAUUACCUAGUGGUAGAGUUUCGCAGCAUACAGUGUGAUUCAAUGUGUUCGAUCCGGAAUUAAUUUGUUCCAGAUUUGCUAAAAAUUAGAUUUGAAUUCCGAUAUUAGUUGUAUUGUAAUAUAGAAUCUUGUAUAUCUGUAAAAUUUGAUAUUCCAUGGCGGCUAGUAUUAAGUUGGUUCUCAUGUAAAUUAGGAGUUAAUUUUAGUAUGAAAAUACCAUUGCAGUUUUAACUAUGUUCCUUACGGCAACUAUUAUUGAUAACUUUUAUUUUAAAAUCAUUCCAUUUUUAAAUCGGGCAUUUAAGUUUAAUAUCAUAGUGAUGGGGAUAAAACGAUAUAUCAUAGUAUCGAUUCUGUAACUUCCACUCGAUAUAAACUGUUAAAUGAUGACAUACGGUUGAAGUACAACCUUUAAUUUCCGAUACGAUUGCAAUCGUGAAAUUUUGUCAACCCUAUUUAAAUUCAAUUUUUAAUAUUAGAUAUUGAACGAAUUUUAUUAAGGGUUUUAUGCUUUUUAAGCUUUAAAUAUUCCCGUGAAUUUUAAAUAUACUUAGAUUUUUUUGUAUUUUUUUUCCUACAAGUUGUGCUAUAAAUCCAUCCCUACUUAUUUUAUUUGUUUUUAGAUAUAAGAUUAGUAUUAAUUUGUUGGUUUAGUUAUGUUUGAUUGUAAACAGGGUAGGUGACGCGUUCUGAAUAAAGCCCAACGAAUUGUUAUUUUUUAAGAAGUAAAGUGAAUUUAACGAGUUCCAAGUAACAAUAAAAAUUAACCGCAAGCGUAAUUUCAAAAAGUUACCUUGUAAUUUUGAAUUAAAAAGAAGACCUAAAACCAAUUAAUACUCACCCGCACUUAAAAAAGCUACGAUUUUUCAGGUUUAUUUUAUUUUUGAAUAGUUCAAUUAUUCACAAAAAAAAACAAUUAAAAAAGUAUCAUCACCAGUGUUGUACAAAUUAAGAACAAUCGAUCUUUAUUUAUUUUUUAUGUAAAUACAUAAGACUCGCUAACUUUACAUAACUUGACAUAUAAAAUACGCAAAUUGUAUGUAAAUAUACCGUCAUAUAUUAGGUUGUUAAGUAAAUAACGAGGCAUAUAAAUGCACGGCUAAAAUGUUAUGUUAUAAAUAUAAAAUUGCUUAUUAAAAUUAUUUAAAACCACUCUCAUUCGAACCAAAGAGCAAAUUGGAUAAUUAAUGAAAUUGGAUAUUCUGAUUAGAACAAAUUAUAUUGUAUGUGUAUAUUUAUUGAAAGAUAGACUUUAAAUCAAUGUAAUAAGAGUGAUUUUUGUUUGAACGAUGCUGUAGUCCUGCUUACCCGCGUUCAUUAAAUGUAAAAAUAAUUGAAACUACAAAAUGCGUGCACAAUUAGUUUUUAAUAAAAGAAUGGAAAGUAGCCCUCUAUCUCUUAAUAUUGCCAGAUUUUAAAUACACUAUAUUGUAACAAUAAUAAAAAGCUGAGUAUUCCAAUGCAUUUAGUUUUUUAUUAUUUUUUUUAUUUACGAUUUGCAUUGGGAAAAACAAAAGCAUUUAAUCAUCGAAAUCGUUAAAGUUCUCGCUUUUUCAAUAUAUUUAUUGAGGUUUGAGUUUAAAUGGAAGAGGUUGUAUGUGUUUUAUUGUUUUUUAUUUUUGUUACAUCGGAGAGUGCGUCUAGUUAGCUCUAGUUAAGUACAAUUUUUCUGAUCUGUUUAUUUUUAUUGGAAAUAGUAUUUUCGUAUUUUGCUAGCGUUUUGCAAUUGUUCGGUACACUUGUUUAAUUACAAUACAUUUUAAUGUGAAGACUUAGUUUUAUUGAUAACAAGAAAUAAGAAUUACAAUGCGGAUAUUAGCAAUUUUCCAAAUUUAUUUUUGUUGUAAACCCGUUUCCAAAUUUAAUCGAUUUAAAUAUCAUCUCGUAGUUUACAUUGAUUAUUAUGUUUCUGAGUAAUGUUUCUACAAAUAAAUGUAAUUUAUUUGAUAAAGAGAAUAUUAAAUAGUAUUUUUUUAAACUUUUAACUAAAGCAAUCAAAAGUCAAAAAUCGAUAAAUGGCGCAAUGUCGCAUAAUUUGUCAACUACCGUACUCAGAUUGGUUAAUUGAGCGCUAAGUAUGUCCCUUAGUGUAGAUUUUUCAUACUAAAUUUACACUAAAGGAUUACUUACAAUUCAAAUGAGGUAGUAAAUACCUUUUAAAUUGGCAUUAAGUUAAUGAAUAAAUCAAUGAAAAGAGUUGAACGAAAUUGUAUAUUUUAAAUAAAUAUAAAUUUAUUUAUAAUUUACAAAUAUUAUAUCUUUGGAAGUUUUAGUAAAUUGUCGGAAGACGUUGCAUACGUCCUGUGAUACAAGAGUAUAGUUAGUUCUACUUAUUUGGUGCGUGAGUUCACACGCCAAGUUGCGCUGAACUAUCUAUAUCUUAAAUUCAGUAAACUACUUAUGAAAUGUUUAUUUUUUAAUCACUAGUUUCAUUGUAAAUAAUGUAUAGACUGUAUAGAUAUAAAUACUUGGACAGCUAUCGCAUGAGCCAUAUUAAGUUAGCUAUUAAGGUGCAAGUUUUGUUGUGAAGAUGUUACAUAAGUUGACAUUAUGUUGUAUGGCAGCGUUGUCUAGUACCAAAACAUAGAUAAUAGUUUGUUUUUUCUAAGUUUCCGACUGAACCAAAUCAUAGUAGAUAUUGUGUUAACUGACGAAUAAGUAAAAUAAAUUGAAUAAUAAUGUU